AUGCCGCGUUCCGUGGAGGCCCUUUCGGACUUCGCCAACUACCUGACACGUGGCGUGCAGCGACGGGUGGAGAUGAUGGUGGCAUACAAGGUGGAGGCCAAGCUGGACAGAUACAUCCCCGACGGAUUCUCAUACACAGACGCCAUCAAGAUGCAGAUUGCAAUCUACAUCGCUAAGGGGCUCGUCGCCCCGUACUUCCCCCCAGAAGACCCUGAGGAGGAGGCUCGGGAGGCAGCGGAGGAGGCUCGGAAAGCAGAAGAGGAGGCUCGGAAGAGGCUCGAGGAGGAGAAGCGGAGGCAGCAGGAGGAGGGGCAGGAGAGCAGCAGUUUCUGGAGCCUGUUUUCAUGGGAUGAUGGGGAGGAGGAGGAGCAGGUGAAGGAAGAGAAGAAGGAGGCUGAGUCUUACCUCAUGAGCUUCUUCCACAAGAAAGUGGAGGAGAAGUCAGAGGCGGCGCAGGCAGAGGCAGAGAGGAUCGUGGCGGCGCGAUACGCACAGAAGAAGGCCGAAGCAGAGGAUACGGCGAAGGAGGAGGAAGAGGAGCAGGGCGUGCUUGCCACAAUCGGCAACUUCUUCAGCUCCACCUAG